AAAUUGUGCUUGACAAAGUGGAGUGGACCCCAUUCCUCCUUUUUUCCCACCACCUUCCAACACCCAAUAUUAUCAUCACUUUCUCUUCUGUACUCUCUACACUUCCAGUUUGGUUCUGACUUCAAAAGCUGUGGAGUGAAGAACCCACAUCACUUCAUCAUCAUCGCCUCUGUAAAAAGGCAGGGUUAAUGCUAAGUCAUCUCACAUGCAACAGCAUCAUUCUUCAUCAUUUUAAUAUCUUCAAGUGAUUAGAUAAGGGUCAUCUCUACCAGCAUGGCAGUCAAUACAUGUGUCUCAGGAGAGGAGUGAACAUGCCCAGAACCUAGUACUCGAGAGAGUGAUUAGACAAGGUAGAACCCUUGCUGGAGAGUUAGUGACUUCUUGAAAUCUGUCAGUCCUUAUGGUGGACCAACAAGUGGAAUUCCUAGCUGAUUUUGCUGAGAAAUUUAAAGAAUUUUCCCCUGAUCAUGACAGUUUUGAUGAUUUUCUUCAAGACCAGGAAAUUGUUUAUCAAUCAUUACAAGCUAGCGGCCAGAAUAACAGAAAUAGUAAUGAUGAUCAUUGUGACCAAGAGUCCAGAUAUUUAGAAGACGGUCAAUCUUCAAAUGCUGAAAGUGUUGAAUUUCAGCUAGCUUUUGAUGAAGCUAUUGCUAGAUCCUUGGAGGAAGACUUUGUGAAUGUAUCCAUCUCUGAACCCAGUGGAACUGCUGAAGGGGACACAGAAGUUACUGAGAAUGCGGAAGUUCGUUCUGUUGAAACUUCUGUUCCAGCUGUGAAUCAAGAUAACAUUAAUCCAGAUGAUAUGACUUAUGAGGAAUUGCAAACAUUGGGAGAAUCCAUUGGUGUUGAGAGCAAAGGUCUGUCAGUGAAGCAGAUUGCGAGUUUGCAACGUACCAAGUUCAAAGAAAAGAAGGGGUUCUUUACGACUAAAAGAAUCCAUAAGGAGUGUGUUAUAUGCUGUGUGCAAUUCAAGCACAACGAGGAGUUGAUUACUUUGUCCUGCAAACAUGACUAUCACAAGGACUGCAUUGCAAAGUGGCUGGAGAUCAAAAAGAACUGCCCUGUCUGCCAGAGGGAAGUGGAGCUGCCCGGUUUCUGAUCAAGAGAGGCUUGCUGGAUUCUGAAAUUUGUUCAUAUGUAGAUGAGGGUAGUCGUUUCUGGUUUCAAAAUUUCCUUGAAGAGCAGUGAAAAUUUUCGAACAACAGAACAGUAUAAAAUGUUUCUUCCUUUUAAUGAUGAAUUGGGUUUCCUUGAGUCUUUCUCAAAAUGAAUGGUUUCAGGCGGGGCCAAGUUGGCUUGAGCGUUUGCAGUUGCAUAGACAACAAACUUUGGUACAUAAUUUUAAUUUUUUCAGAUUAAUGUAUUGGCCUGAAUUGAAGCUUUCUUUUGUUAA